AUGACAGUCUCUAAUACAAGUGACAACGAGUUUUUCCAGUCCCAAGCAAACCUAUCUGUGCACAACUUGACAAAAAGUUGCCGUGCCUCUGACCCACCUGUAUAUUGGGAGAGCGAGCUGUACACGACCCUAUGGCAAACCGUACCCCCCGUGUUGCUGUUUAUAGGACUGGCAGGAAAUAUCCUUGUCAUGGCAGUACUCCGUGUCAUGAAAUUCACUCAAAGCGUUGCCUUGUUUUUCUUUUUCAUCAUGGCCUUGUCGGACUGUUCUGUUCUCAUCGUGGUGUUACUGCACUACUGGCUCCAGAAGACCUUCAGUAUAGACCUCAGAACGCUAUCGGAUCCCGGCUGCAAGAUUAUGUUCUUUCUCACUUACUUUUCUAUGGAUUUGUCCUCGUGGACGCUGGCUGCUGUGACGGUGGAGAGGUGCAUAGUGAUCCGAUUUUCUCUGCGAGCUGGUACUUUAGUCACCAUCAAGCGGGCCAGAAUUGCCAUUGUCGUCAUCAUGAUAAUACUGACAGUCAUCAACGGAUACCUCUUAUUCACUCAAAGAAUCGGUCCAGACGGUUCGUGCGGAUCGUUCGAAGGAGAUGCUAUAUAUUUCUUCGAUGAGCACGUUUUCGUGUGGAUCGACUUGUUCGUUUUGGCUGUGUUACCAUUCUCAGUGAUGUUAGGAUGUAAUAUUGUCAUAGUCCGGGAAGUCCAUGGUAACGUCUCCCGUCACAAAGGCCUGGGACCGGCGGAUAUGGAGAAGAGUAAAAGUAAUGGCAACUCCAGUGUCAGUAGUAUAACGCUGAUGUUACUGGCCGUCAAUUUCUACUUCCUCGUGACGACUAUCCCCGUGUCCGUCUAUUUCAUCCUGGACACGUUUAUGAGUGACAUCUUGAAGAAUGAACCGGCGGUUAAGGCCAGAAUGGACCUUGUGUGGACGAUUUGCUACCUGCUUCAAUUCACAAACUACAGCCUUAACUUUUACAUAUACGUGGCUCGAGGUCGCCGCUUUAGGGCAGCGCUUUGGAAGCUCUGCGGACGAAAUGAAGACAGAGACAGUAUGCUGGAGUCCAGGCGCCUUGCUUCUAAUGACGGAACUGCGGUGAGGAGGGUGACAGUUAGCGAGGGACUGAUCCUACUUAGGCGAGGUACAGUCAUGGACGCUAUUUCUCACUUCCGGCGUGGGACGGUAGCGGACUGCGAAAAAAUCAAACGACGGGCGACAUUUGCCGAUGGUAUUGGCAAACCUGAUGUGAGCAAGACUUGA